CAAGGGUUUGUGUCUUCAUUCACGAAUGUAAUGUGCGCCCGAAUUUAAGAAAUAUGAAAAGCCACGUCUUUGUAGUCCUCUUUUGUGCGCAUCACGCUUUUGCUUUGGACGAUACCUUCCUGGGGCAAUACGAAAAUUACUUCCUUCCACCCCCGAGCGAUCUUGACACGAAAGCCGUAACCACGCAGUACUUUUCUCAAGUUUUGGACCACUAUGACCCCACGAACACAGCCCGCUGGUCACAGAGGUAUUUUGUAAACACGCAACAUUUCAAUACGACUGAAGGAUUUGUCGUGUUCCUCCUGAUUGGGGGUGAAGGACAAGCUGGCGUACAAUGGAUGUCCGCUGGAGCAUGGAUCCAAACUGCGAGGGAAUAUGGUGCUCUCUUAUUUCAGCUGGAGCACAGAUUUUACGGAGAAAGUCACCCGCUUAGCGAUCUAAGUCUUCCUAAUCUGCGCUUCUUAUCAAGCCAACAGGCCAUUGAGGACAUCGCAACUUUCAUAAGUGCGAUGAAUCGCGAGUAUCAUUUGCCGCAAAAUGUGAAAUGGAUACUUUUCGGGGGAUCUUAUUCGGGGUCUCUGGCCACUUGGGCCAGACAGAAAUAUCCCCAUUUGAUACACGGUGUCAUGGCAUCCAGUAGCCCCGUUUAUGCCCAUUUGGAUUUCUACGAAUACUUUGAGAUUGUCUUCAACAGCCUGUCCAGUAACAGCCAUCAGUGUGCGCUCGCGAUGAAGAAGUCUUUCGAACAGCUCGAAUAUUACAUAAACAAUCCGAACGAGGAGAACGUCACAGCCCUGUUCAACCUGUGUCUCGACAUAAACCUUGACGAGAACAGGAUCGAGAACAACAUCGCGUACCUAUUCGAGAGACUCAGCAGUAGGAUAGCCGGCGUGGUGCAAUAUCACGGGAUUGCCGGCCAACCCACCAUAGACUCCCUAUGCAACAUCUUCAAUAAUGUAUCUCUUGGUAGAGAGAUCGAUAGACUGGCGGGAGUCGCUAGGUUUUUGUACGGGACUAGUUGUGUCGCUUAUAGGUUCCAAGCUCUUUUGAAUACUUUGGGCAACACGGCUAUUUUGUCUACUAGGAAUUGUAAGUAUAUGCGUUUUUGUGCUUGAAAAUUGAGGCUAAGU